AUGUCGUCCAUAGCGCUGCGGCGCCCUCGUCCAGCUCCCCGUCGCGCCUCUACUCGACACGAGAGCGUCUCGCCGUCUACCGUGACGCCACUUCGGACAUUUGCCGUCCAUCGCACUCACGCCACGGCGGACUUUACCGAAGCAGAUGACGACGAGGACGAGGACGAAGACGAAGGCUACGACAACGACAAUGCCGCGGGACGAGAUCAGGGGGGCCGAGGAGACGAUGGAGAGGAGGACCGUCCGCCUCGCAGACGCAAUACUUUGCCCGUCCUCCCACUCUUUUCCUCCACGCAUCUCGACACGCUCCCGGUCUACAGCUUGACCCACGCAAUUCGAAUCAUCGUGAGUGCUCGCACUGAGACGACGCUUACUUGGGAUCAGCUACGGUCUCCCCAAGUCUCUCAAUUCCUUAUCAAGCCGAUGCAGCAGCAGAUCCGAAACCAACACUUCUCGCGAGCCACCCUCUACGCCCUCAUGGCAAACUGCCUCCAGUUCACCAAGGAGGCCCAGAUGUAUGCCGCCAAUGCUGGCACCAGCAACACGAGGGCCAAGGUCUGUGAGUUGCUGGCCUUGAAGCUGCUCAAGGAAUACUCGACUCGCGAGUUGAUUGAUGCGCUGGCCUACGACUUCUACCCGUUGCAGGGCUUGCCGGGCUCGCAGGCGCCUCCCAGGACGGCUGGCAGCGCGAGCAGCAAAAACAAAAACACUCUCCUUGUAGCAUCGCGGACGUCGACCCUGGAGGUUGCAAUCAGAGCCUCAGCCAAGCACUUCCUCGCCCAUCCGGUCGUUGUCCAGCAACUGGAGGCCAUCUGGAAUGGCGCCAUUUCCUUUUAUUCCUCCGCCGAUAGCUUGCACCGGGAGUCGCCAUCGAGCCACUUCUCGCGCUACAACAGCCAGCCCAAAGUUGAUGAUAGGACGCCUCUUCUGGGCUCCUUGCCUCCCAAGCAGGGGCACUUCGCCGUCCCCCCGGGCAGAAGAACCGUGAUGUUGUACGACCCAAGGCAGGCAUCUCUGCUCAAGCUGUCUCGCCUCAGGGUCCCGCGAUAUAGAUCCUUCUUGUCUACGCUGUCACUUGCCGUCCUCAUUGGACUCUUUCUGGCCGUCCUAUCCAAACGAUCCGCGCAAAUCACCGGUCUAGAACUUGUCUUUUGGUUCUGGAGUGCGGGCUUCAUGCUGGACGAGUUGGUUGGCUUCAAUGAACAAGGGUUUGCCCUGUACAUCAUGAGCUUCUGGAACAUCUUUGACCUGGGUAUCCUGGUGCUGCUCAUUGCCUAUUACUGUAUGCGUGUCUACGGUGUCUUCCUCGCCGACCCCUACCAUUGGAAUGCCAUGGCCUACGAUGUACUGGCCGCAAAUGCCAUCCUGCUGCUGCCUCGCAUCUUCAGCAUUCUGGACCAUUACCAGUACUUCUCUCAGCUGCUCAUCGCGUUUCGGCUCAUGGCCGCGGACUUGGCGGCCGUCUGCGUCUUGAUCCUCAUUGUGUGCAGCGGCUUUUACGUCUUCUUUACCUCUUCUACUGCCUCUAGUGAUGGUGGCGAGGUUGCCUACAAGAUAUUCCAGAUCCUCAUGGGUUUCACGCCCGCCGCUUGGGAUGUAUGGCCAUCGUACAACUGGCUUGCGCGAGCGUUGCUGUGCUUGUUCCUCAUCAUUUGCCACUUCUUGAUUGUGACAAUCCUCAUUACCGUCCUGACUAACUCCUUCAUGGCAAUUGCCUCCAAUGCCACUGAAGAGCACCAAUUUCUAUUCGCCAUCAACACCAUUUCCAUGGUGAAAAACGAUGCUCUCUUCUCCUACAUUGCGCCUACCAACAUCUUUGCAUGGCUACUCAUGCCUCUGCGUUACUGCAUGCCACUUCGCCACUUCGUCUUGCUCAAUCGAAUCAUUAUCAAGGUGACGCAUUGCCCCAUACUGUUCUGCAUAUACCUGUACGAACGUUUCUGGCUCGCGCCGUCCAUGUUUGAGCCCACGGAUCUGGUUGAGAACCCAGGACGGAACCGCGCCAUUUCCUUUGGGGACAUGGCCAACAGGACCAACAUCUUCAGCCCUAGCAUGCGCGUACGUGAAGAGUCGGUGGCAGGGUAUCAGAAAGACAGGGCUCUCGACGAGCUAUUCAUGCGCAUGCCCGAAGCCACGAAGACGCAGAGGAGACAUGAGAGACGCAAGACGCAAACGGCGAUUCGCAAUUGGAUGGACCGCAAUGACCAGGAAGGUGUCGGCAGCAACUGGCCACCGUCGGACAACAGAGCCGUGCCUGACUGGCAGAGGAGGAUGAGCAUGGGCUGGGACCUGCGCUCCAACUCUAGGCAGAUGUCCGAUCUCAGGUCCAUCGUCAGUGACCCGGCAGACCUCGCGUCCAAUGCCGGGGGGACCUCAUACAGGGCGUUCCCCAUGGUAGACCCUCGCUUCAUGGAUCCUCGUUUUGCUCACCUGAUGCCCGAGUACAAAGACCACACCGACGCUGAUGGAGAUGACGAGCUGGUCACAAACGACGAAGACGAAGACGACCUCGGCACCAGCGCCGGGCCUCAUGGUCCGGUGGGUGGCAAUGCCGCCCCGAGCGAAACGGAUGACUACUUCACAACGACUCCUACAGGCGCACGAUCAGCCGUCAUAGCCUCCUCCCACAGCUCGACCGACAAGGGCAAUAACGCUGGCAAGCUCCGGCGACGCGAACUGCACAACCGCACGCUGUCCACAAACACCAUCCUCUACAACCCAGGGGAAAUGGAGCCGCCCUCUGAGAGUUCCCAAUCAGCCUCGCCUCCCAAAGCGGCCGCGCCUGCAGGCGAGUCAUUCACACCUACUGGCAUGCGCAGCCCGCCUCGUCGUGCCCUUCUCUCUCCGCCGAGCCUUGAUACUCGCGCGACAAUGCCUGCCCAUGGACUGGUAGGCAUGAGCAACCUGAAUAGGGCGGCCAUGGCGGGGCACGGUUCGGGAGGACGAGACCGCUCAUUUCGGAGGCUCUCCUCUGCCGACCUCAGCAUUCUAUCUGACAACACGAAUCUACCCUUUGCUGGAGACAUUAACGCUGGUCUGCCUGGUAGUUUCCAAACGCAGAUGGCUAUGGCUAUGAUGAAGGACAACCGACUACGGAACUCGGGCGGAUCUGACGCGGCGGAUCGUGAUAGGAUGGGACGGCUUGUUCUCGCUCGCAUGAAGACUCUGGAAGAAAGUUUUGCAGAUGUCGUCAAGGAGAUGCGAGACUUGAAGAGCAGCUCCACUGCACCGACGACAAGACGAAACUCGUCGGGUGAAGACCUAAGGAUGGGAACUUCCCUGGAGAUGGGCAGGUCAGACCGACCAAAGAGCCGCAAAGGGACAGCAACGCCAAAGAAGGCGUCGAGCAAAAGGCCCGCCAGCCGAUGGAGCACGAAGGAAAGCAGGUUGGGGCUGACGAUGACGGGGGAUGUCAAGGGCAAAGGCAAAUACGUUGCUUCGUCGACAGAGGAAGAAGGCGAAGCGGCAGGUGAUGCUCUCCAGGAGAAGACAAGCUCCUUGUGA